AUGUCGUUGUUGGUGACAUCGUUUGAGUCUCAGCUGGCCGUGGCACUCGACGCGCCACUCGAUGGCCAGGACGAUGACAAGCCGGCUCCGGACAAGGACAUUCCAGCUCUCACUGGCCCCAUGACGGACUCGUGCGUCAUGAGCCACCUGGAGCAAUUCAUCAGGGCGUUGAAGGACUCCGAGCGAGCCCGUCGCAACCAGCACGCCAGCCGCGUCGUCCAUAGAGUGGAGAAGGACCUCAACCGGUUUGUUACAUCCAUUCAGGUGUGCGCCACGCAAGCAACCGUGGGACGCAACCAACCGUGGGGGAAGGAGAUGCAGUGCCUUCCUGUGAAUGGAUUGUGUGUGCAGAGCAGCUUCGCUGCGCUGCGGAACGAGGCUGAAAAGCUCAGGCACAAACUGCACGAAAAGGUGGCUUACUGUGUGGAUGGGUGGCGGAUGAAUGGGGGAUUAAUUAUCUGGGGUGGUUUUGUGUGCAUGCAGGACUCUGAGCUUCAGUCCCUCCGGCGUCGGUACGCAGGACUGAAGAAAUACGCGAGGUGCGUGUCACUCUUCAGCCAUCCAUUCUGAAAGCCCCAUAGCCUUGGUGUGUGUGUCUCUCCCUCCGUCAACACAGGCAGCAGGAGGAGUUGGUCAAGAAGUACCAAUCGGCGUCCAGCGAGGAUGUCACCAAAGACGUAGCAGCGGCACCAGUUCCGCCUCCCGAGAACCCCCAGGCCAGCACCAUUUCAUCCUCAACGGUCGAGGCGGCAGCCGAGCCUGUCUCACCCCGCAACUCACACGCGUCUGUUGCGUCGCUGCCCCAGGAGCCGCAGCAACAGCAGCUUGUUAACGAGAGCACCAGAGUGGAGGUGCCCCCCGAGCAGCGCCGCGACGUGUUGUUGCGUGCUGUGCGUCGUCAGCUGGAGGUGUCGUGGCAGCAGAAUGCCGAACUCAGGCGCACUGUUGAAGCCCUCAAGAAGGAGAGGGAAUUCAGCGCUGAGGAGGCGCGCAACCUCAGAUGGGAGGCAUGGAAGAUGAGAACGGUAAGCAGCCAGCCAGACACCGGGAGGGAGGGAUGGAAAGCAUGGAUAUAUGUCAUUAAUGUCAGGCGCUGGCUCGUUCGUAUCGGCCCAUGACGUGCAGCUGGGAGACCAAGGACCGCAUGAGAGACCGGUUCGCCUUCAAGACACGCUACAUGCGGUCUGCCGCGGGGCAAAGGACGCCGGACAUCCGGCUGCUGCGCCCCCCCACGCAUCAUACACCGAGAGCGGCCCUGACCGACGACGAAACCGACUCUGCGACGGAAGACGAGGGCCUGCGGAUUGCCCUGGCUCACUCCCGACAGAAGGCCUCUAUGUGCCAGAGGCUCAGUGGCAGCCUCGUCGCCUUCUGCCAGCAGCUGUUGAGCCUCACUGGAUGCCCGCUGUGUCAGGAGGACCUGCAGAAACCCAUGGUGGUCAUCCCGUGUGGACACGUACUGUGCCACAAGUGCUGCAAGGAGGUCUUGCAGGUGGGCCGUGAGCACGGGCAUAUGGAAGCGAAGGAUGUCCCAUCCCGGACAUCCAGCAUUGUCCACGAACCGCGUGAAGUGGUGCGUGGAGCUGUGAGCCUCUCAUCUGCACCCCCAAGACAGGUGAGUGAGUAUCUGUCCGCCCUCCCAAUCGAACUUAGUAAUCGCAUCUGGCUGUCUGUCUGUCUUUCUAUCUGUGUCGGUCAACGACGGUCAUUCAGGAGUGCAUAGAGUGCUCUGCGUGUCCGGUGUGUCUGAUGAGGUGCCCCGAGAUGGUGCAGCCGUCCUCGAGCAUGCUGGUAGAGGUGAAGCUGCUGACCCUGCUCUUGUCACGUCUGAGCAGUCUGCCGGCGACCAUGCCGCCGCUGGAGGCCAUGGUCCAUCUGCAGGGCGACACACUCAGGCUGAAACGAAGGUGGGGGAAUACACAAGCGGGGGGAGAGAGGCACACACAGAGACUGUCUGUCUGUGUUGGGUGUCUGUCUCAUGUCAUGAUCGAUCUGGCAGUAUCGCUAGCCAGACGGCGCCUCCAUCACGGCAGGGCCGCAGUCGGCACCAGGUCAAGCAGGCCAGGGAGGUGCGCAAGAGAGUUCGGCGCAUAUAUCAGAUGCUGAGGGGAGGUCCUAGGAAGACUCACCUACGACGUUCGUGGGCCAUGCCAUACCCACCGCAUAUGGGGAUGGGCAUGGGCAUGGGCGGCUUCGGCCUCCCAUACCCAUACCCCCAACCAUGGACAUGCCCCCCCUUCUCUGUCCAUCCUCCAUCUUCUCUUCCCGAGCCACGCACUCUGUCUGCCGCCCCGCCAGCUGCUGCCUAUGGCCCACCACCCGGUAUGUCUGUGUCUCUCCCCGUCCCUCCCUCCGCCAACAAGCGCCCUGUGACAGCUCCAGCGGCAAAGGACACCUCACCCACGGCACAUCUGCCGCCCCUGGUCCCCCCGCCUCUGCCCCCCUCCCCGUCUGUCAACGCCUUUGGGAUGCCCGUGCCAUCCUCGGAGGGGCAGCCGUCGCCGAUGAUGAUGUCGGCCUCAUCGGCCUGGCAUCCCUUCCCCCCGCAGCCAGAUCCACUUGCAAAUGGCCUCCCUCCUCUGCCUGUGGGGAUGGCGGGCAUGCCCCCCUCCAUGCCCCCCAACAUCCCGAUGGGUCUGUUCCACCGGAUGCCGAUGGACGAGGAGGUCGAUGACGGCAGGGACGACGGCAUACCUAACGCAUGGCUCAUGUCACUACGGAGGGCGGGAGACAUGGCCUACAGGUGGGCUGAGACAGACGCCUCUCUGCCCUGCCUAUACAUACCCACCCAUACGUCUGUCUCUGUCCCCCCUGUCAUGGUGUGUGCAGCCCGAGUGCGUUUGAGCAGCGGCGAUUGCCCAAGGUGAUGCACUCCACCAUGACGGUGACCAAAAGGUAGCUCCAUCCGCAGCAGUGUAGUGGUGCUCUGAAUGCAUUCAUGGAUCGUUUCAAUCGACCGACUCACAGACGAUUUCAUGUGUGAGUCCAUCUAUG